AUGAACCCCUUCCCACCCCCCUCCCAAACCCCCGGCGUCGGCUCACCCCCCGGCGCCAUCCCCUGGCCCUACACCGGCCCCAACGGCGUGAACCCCUACCCGGGACCAGCUCAAGGCCCUCCAAUCCAGCCCGGCGGACCACCAACCCACACAACUCCCUUCCCCGCGCCCUACAACGGUAAUCAGCUCCCACCGCCGUCGAUGGUGUACGGCGCCGGCGCACCGCCAGGCUCCACUCCGUUCCCUUACACGGGUCCCCGGGGGCACAAAUCCUUACCCGGGCCCGGCGAUGGGGCCGCCGCUGUAUAUGGGAGGCCCGCCGACGAACUCGACGCCGGUGCAGGGGCAAUAUAA